AUGAGGUAUACAUCCGCUAUUCGUUGUGAUGUCACUCUUCCUCAAAAGUCUACUCCGGAUUGCAAGAUCGUAAGAAAAGCUGCCCUUGCUGAAAACAAGAAGACGUGGACUUUAAAACAUGAUCCAGAUGUGUAUGGCUUCGCCCGUUUGAACAUGACCCCAGAGGAGCUAGCUCCUAUUGUUUUGAAGGACCCCUUUACGAGAUACUACACUACAGCAUACAAUCAGACCCUGAGGACAAAUGAGAAAGUUUUGGCACAGUACAUCAAACAGACUUUAGGGCAGCCAAUCGAUGACUUCUCAGAAUAUCUUGCGAUGUCUGAGUAUUUCCAGACGGUACUGGAGCCUCUUGUGGGGUAAUUACUGUGUUAUUGUUUUCUUGCGAAAUCCAUUGUGUUGUUCAAUAUUUGGCUAGAGGUAGGCAGCUGAGAGUUUAAAACCCUGACCCGGUUUAGGACAAAAAAAUCCUCAAAUCUACCCUGUUUAGGACAACACCCUCAACUGUAUUGCCAUCUUAUUUUAGUCAUUUAUUGGCAAUUGCAAUUACGAAAUUCACGUUAUAGUCCUUUUGAAGACAAAUUUCAACUCAUGCAAUCGUGCCGGCAAUACUGUGUUUAAUUAGGACACACUUGCAGCAAAUUAUGUUUCGCCGACAAGGAAUGUGGAAUCCAGUUCCUGGAAUCCGGAUUUGACAACGUGAAAUCCAGGAUGUAAGACCGGGGCCCACUUACCCCUCCCCUAAGCCAACAUUAUGCUUACUUCUCACGUUGGCUUAGGGAAGGGGUAGGUGAGGUGACUUAAUAUUUCAUAUAGUGGAAAUACAAGCUGAUCAUGGGAGAAGAAAAAAAAAAGGUCAAUCAACCUUAAAUUACCUAUAUGUCGUUACAGGAAUACGCCACGCUAGCUUCAAGGCACGAAGCUUUUAUUAACGACAAGACGAAAUGGAUAAGCGACAAAUACUUCACCCAGCAACGCCUAGCUGGGACUAACCCAAUGUCACUCCAACGCGUGACAGUUCAUGAACGAGGUAAGGCUGCCGCAAAAUGCGUAGUACUGGGGGGUUGGGUGGCUGCGGUGGUAAUCAACAAGGUUUUCUACGGGGAAGCACUGUCCCGAGGUUCAACCCCUUAACCUUUUAUAUAAGACUAUGAGAAAAUUCCAAAGCCAGGACGUUUUCUCGAAUUUUUCAAGGCCGUAAAAUGCAUCUGUUAGCCCAUUUACAGACCGAAAUGACAGAUUUCGCUACCCUUUCAUAUACUUGAAAAAGUGAGAUCCCUAGCCUUUCAUACACCUGAAGCAGCAGGUGGUACCCCUUUCGGGCGGAGUUUCCCCGUAUAGGCCAUUAUAGGGAGUACCCCUUUCCCAAGUGCUUAGUUCAUAAGAGUGUUUCACUUGAGGCGAUGCUUACCAGCAAAUCUUAUCCUUUUCAACCAAUGCUCUGUCUCAAACUUUUGAAUAUGAAUGGAUCAUAGUUAGUAGAGGAAACUGCUUAGGAAACCCGGCAAACAUCAAAGUUGAAAACAAUGGUGCUGUAGAUUAUGUUGGAAGCUCCCUGACCGUGCACAAUCCUUUGUUUUUUGUUCACCAAUUGUGACUGAAUAAAUUAAUGUGAUGUUUCUAUGAAGGAAUGCUAUUGAACGUUGUGCACGAUUAGGUCCGAAAAAGUUAACAAAAACCUAUAACAAAGGAGCCUAAAGAGUUUCCCAACCAUUCCACUUCAACAACUACGAACGGAUCAAAGAAUGCUAAAUUCUCUACCGAAUUAAAAUAAUUAAAAACCUUGUUUCUCUCAAGAAGGUGACAUGCACAGUCUUUGAAAUAUGCCAAUUGACAAAACCAAGUCAGCCAAGUCGUUUAGACGUUUCACUCUGGUUUAUUCCAACAUUAUCUUCUAGAAUUAUUGUGAAAUUAUAGUUUGAUAAAACCACGGUUGUAGAAGAUAUGAUCAAAAGAAAUUUAUAAAAAACAGGAUGUUAAAAGAAUUUAGCAGACGUAAACAUGAAGGUAAUCACUAGCCGUGUGAAGAAAUCUUGGCUACUAUAACUUUGCUACUAUAUAUGCCAUGAAAGAGAAAUUCACCACAGACACAUUAAGAGUGAUGAUUUCAACAAACCUCAACGAACUUCAUGCAACAAAACGUAAGCGGAGGUCGGUGUAUAAAUGAAAUGGGCAUGCACGGCAUUGUGGUAAAAAUCCGGUGCAUUGUGGUUAAAAAUCUAGAUGCAUCGUGGUUAGAAAUCGAAACUUUUUGUCCUUGUACAGAUAGAUCUGCUGCUCGCUCGCUACAGGCUCGCUCGCGCGGCAGCAAUUAUUGAAGUUAAUUGCUGUCAUUGUAACAAUAUAAACCAAGAGAGAAUGAUCUCUCUUGUAUAAACAGAGGCUUUGCUUUUAGCCGUGGCCAAAUCUAUAAAUCGUAGCUGAAGCCUGCAAAAAGUAGCCCUUUCUCGCGGAGCCUCCCCGUAUAGGCAAUCAUAGGGAAUACGCCUGGGAUUUUUUUUAGUCAUAUGGCUAAUAAUGCCUACCUGUAUUCUAAAAGGUGACCUUGGAUUUCUGCAUGGGAGACUAGGUUGGCGCUGCAAGGUGAUAACAACUGAUGGCAGAUGCUGCCGUUUUCCUUUCAAAUACUGGUUUAAAACAUACAGGACGUGUACCGUAAAACAUCACCACAGGCCAUGGUGUAGAACCUACGCAGGAUUUCCAAGAUGGGGAAACUGCAAAGGUGAACUUCAGUCGUCAAAUAUUACUAUUAAGUACUAUUGCUUAUUAACAGUCAGCACUCAGUCGCUGAUGACACUCAGUCUAAAUGAACAGUCGUCGAAGUAAGGUUUUUUUUUUUCAAAUGCUCCAGCCUGCUUAGGACAAUUGCAGCUUUUGCCCUUUUAUAUCUAUUAAGUACACUUGAGCACUGAAAUUUAUAGACUAUAUAGAGGACUCAUGAUCAAGUCCCGGUAAUGUCUACGGCACUUAAGAAGUGUUUAAAAAACUCUACGGAACUAAACUGAACUGAACUAGUCAUUGUAGUUGGGAAUGUAAUUACUAUAUAUCAUUCCUUAUUUUUUCAUAUCAUUCCAAGUUCCUGAAAAGCCUGCAAGGCCUGCGCUAGUAGGUUUGGAUUGGAGCAAACUGAAGGAAACGCUUAACCCUAACUUUGACUGGGAUGCCGCUGUACAAGCUGUUCUUUCGAGACAUUACACUUUGAAAAAGGUAUGAGGUCUCUUCAACAGUCUGUUAAUAUAUAGUUAGUCCACCAAGCGACAGUUAAUAGAUUGGAAUGGUUAUGAGGUCCGUCAGACUUUGUUAAUGUUUUAGUGGAAAUGGUGGUAGGCUCGAUUACCAGCCGCUUUUCGGGAAAUGUGAAUGCGCUCCUUCCACGAACAGUCUCUUCUUGGGAAGGACCGAGAGAGCGGGUAGUGCUUGGUGUAAGACUGCCCAAAAUGUCCCAAGAGGCGAAAAUCCAGCCUAACUUGGAGGUGCGCAAAGUUCAAUAGCAUUCCUAUUACCUUGACCUUACUGACCAAUAAAAAACGUCACAUUGUUAUAUUCCGUCACAAUUUGUGAACAGAAGGCAAAAGAUUAAGUACCAUUAUAAUUGAGUUCCCGAAAACUAUAAAAUACGGCUGGCUGAGAGCAUCAUGUUUGGUUACAUUUAAUGAUUGUGAUGUAAAACAAUCAAUUGGUGGCAAUUUGUAAGGAGCGGGGAAGGAUGGUGAAUGCCAAUUGGCGUUUGGCUGCGAAUGAGAUAAAAACGGGGGAUUUAUUGGAAAGAAGGCUAAAGCGAGUUUGACUUCUGGUGGUAACGGUGUGCAACGGAGCUUUUUAUUUACUCCAUAUCUUGCUUACAAUAGGAUUAACCACUCUGAAAAGGGAAAACUAUUUGAUAUUUUUAUUAUUAUUUAUUUAUUUAUUUAUUUUAUUUAUUUAUUUUGUUUUUCAGGCCGUAGAUCAGGGACGAAUCUAUGCUCUUCGUUACGAACUGUGCGACGGGUUGGCGAGAUCACCGGAUCUUACAGACAAAGAUCCUCGACGCGAAAUGUGGAACUUUUUUUCUCCUAUAGCUCUGUUUGCAUCUAAGCCCGUUAGCCAGGGAAAGAACGAGCUUGUUCCAGUGGCUAUUCAAAUGGAUUUUACUCCUGGUAUGUAUGAACCUUUUUUCUACUGACAAGAAUCUACACAGAAAAAAAUUAAAUCCUUUUACAUUAAAUACUUCAUGUAUUAGACCGCGAGUGGUUUCUCAGAGUCACGCACAUCGAGUGAAAAAAAAAAAGCAAAUAAAUGGCAAAAUAUGAGGAGAGAUUAGGGCAGAGAGAGGAAAAAGAGCGCUUAUUUUUCGUUCUCAGGGGUAUCCGCCCUCGUUCCUCAAACCGUUUUUCGACAAGGAGGCUCGGCCCCAAGUUUCUAUUCCAACCUCCUGUUUUCGUCGGAAAGUACCCGUUUCGUAUAUCUUCUAUUGAAAAGUGGUACCCUUCCACAUAACCUGUAUAGAACUUUACGUCCCUUUCAACCUUUUGCAAAUACGCUCUUCUUAAGAUAUGAAUGACCUCAAACCAGAACGUUUUCUCGAUUUUUUCGCAGCCAUACAGACCAAAAUGACAUAAUUCCCUACCCUUUUCAAUUAUGCUUCUACUAGUAAAAUUCUUACUAUUUCAUAUACCCAAUGCCUAAAAAAGGUAUCCCUCUCGGGCGUAGCCUCCUCGUAUAGCCCAUUAUAGGAUGUAAUCUCCCCCCCACCCCGGGUUAACAAUCUCACCCAGCUACGCUGGCUCUCAUGAUAUCAGUGAUAUCAGUGACAUUGCACAUGUCAAGAGAUGUCAACUGGUAAACUGGUGUUUGUAAACUUUGCUUAGAUUCAGCAGUUUACACUCCAAAUGACGGAGACAAUUGGAUGAUGGCCAAGCUCAACGUUCAAGUAACUGACAUAGGAUAUGCGCAGAUUGUGGAGCACCUCGGAAGGAUAUGAUCAAUUUUCAGCAAGGUUCGGUCAUACUUGUCUCAGCAAAAUAUUAAUUGUAUUUGCCAAGCUAAGUGAUAGCAAGUCAGUAAGUUAGCCAUGCGUGGACACCAAUUUCAAUUUUGCCUUAUGCGCACUCUUGCAGGUCGAAGAAAACAAGCAUUUCGGAGUACAAAGCUUUUUAAUGUCCAAUGGUGUUUUAGAGUGUUAAAAGGGCGUAUUUUAAGAUUUAACUUCUUUUUUUAGGUCCACUUUAUGGUCGAGCCAUUCUGCGUAAUUCUUAAAAGGACUCUGUCAAAACAGCAUCCACUGAACCAAAUCCUCAGGUUUCACUGCAGAGAGCUGACUGUUCCAAAUACUUUUGGAGUUCCCAACCUUGUAAACGAAAACGGACUCACAGAUCGACUGUUUGCGUAUGGAAACAAGGGGUCAUUCAGAAUGCUUAAAGACACAUAUCCUUUAUCCACUUGGGAAAUAACCGACUACCGAGGCAAUAUUAAGGUACGUCAGUAGAACUCGCCUGUGAAUGAAGCUUUUGUUGCAAUUUACUACAUAUUUGGUACAAAAUUAUCAUCAAGAAUUCCCUUUGACUCGUCAUAAUGUAACCCUAACCAGUUUAUUCUGUUUAAAGAUCAACACAAAUAUUAAGUUGACACACUGUCUAUACGUGAACCUGAAAGAAAUGCAGCUGUGGAAAGCAGGUUCUCUAUUAGAUUUCAGAACGCAACAACAGGGAAAAGUUGCUUUAAAAACACACCUAUAAACAGUAGACGAUUCAGAGUAAGAACUGUGACCUGCGUAUUGCAAUUUCACUGAAAGCUUGUUGAAAGUGCCCAUAAUAUUUUAUUAAUUCGUACGCGACAAUCUCAUUAGCCUGCGUAAAACAAUCGUUUCUCCUCGUUCCUUGCGGCUUGGGACGUUUCAUCAGGCGAGGCGUCCGCACCCCAGUGACAGAAAUUCCUGCUAAUGACGUAAAAUCUGCCUGGAAUCUGGGUAGGAGCUCUGAUUGGUGCACGUUGUCGUUAUACUGUUUUAGCUAGUGUUUACCAAUGACAGACAAAAGACCACAAAGGUCAAAUGAAUCUUUUACAAAACAGUCAAUAUUCGUGGAACAUAUUCUUCUCUAGAAGAAGCGUUUGAGUUUUGCUGCAGUUCGUUCACAGAUGAACGCAAACUUACCAAAAUUGACCAGGAGAAACAUAAAAUCGAACAAAUUUGCAUUUGGAACCUCAUGACAACCGGAUUAGCCUGUGAACAGCCUCCCCUCCCCUUAGGGAAAAAUUGGGGAGAUCUCUCUCUCUCUCCCCGAUUUUUUCUAAGGGGAGGGGGGCGUUUGUACACAGGCUACUACAGGAUUUAUUACAUUAAUUUACGUCAUUUCUGUCCCUGAGACGCAGACGUUCCUCCUGUAUAAAAGCUUAAUUAACAACGCAAACUGCAUUGCAAAGAAAUCUUUACUCAUUAAGCAAACGGAGAACCUUAUCUACCUAUCUUAAUUCACUAGAAACGAGGACUCGAUGAUGAAAGACUUCUUCCCUUCUUUCCUUUUCGAGAUGACGGCUAUAAGAUUUUGGAAGUCAUUGAACAGAUGGUGAAGGAUUACGUUACAAUGUAAGCCAGCACACUAAUGUAAUAGAUAGAAUAAAAUGAAAGGACAAUCUUUGUCUCAUAUUAGGAGCACCCAAUCGAGCCGUUUACCAUUUUCCUUCCAGUACAAAAGCAAAUAUUUAAUAUGCGUCUUUGUUUCAUUCUCUUUAUUUCAAUCACUGAAGAUAGCAGGCUACUGUUUAGCAGUUGUACUUGGUUUGUCGUCAGGGCUAGAUGUAAUUCAUUCAACGCAGUAUUUUAAUGAAGCAAUGUCACUGUUUUUUAAUCCUGUGUUAAAGUCAUUAGUUAGUGCCUCUACCCAUCCAUAACAUGGCCUUCAGGGUUAUGAGAAGUUAUCAAACAAAUUUUAUCAGAGACAAAUAAUCAUAGUAGUUUUCUUGGUGACAUUUGCUGGCAAUGGCGUUAAAACGGACUUGAAAACAAACGUUGGCCCAACUUUUUUUAAGUUUGAUCCAUAUCCAUCCUUCCUAUCCUUAGUAACAGAAGGCAGAAGACAGUUUCAAUGCCUAUGAAUCUUCAAUAACGAUGAAAUUAGGGCAUUAUUUUUGGAAUUCAUUUAACGCAAAGAUACGUUUCAGCUCUUUAAAAAGAUAGCAAAUAGCUUGACAAAGAUCAUGUACCAGCCUCUAUUUGGCCAUCUUUCAAGUAACAUCACUACAUACGCUCAAGCGAAUCAUAAAAGGCCAUUUAAUUGUCAAGGAGCAGAACGUGAAACCCAUUUAACUAAACACUCAGCCUUAAACCCAAUAACGUGAACAAAACCAACAACCUUGGUCUUACGCAAAUUGAUAAUAUGUAAUUUUAUAUUUACUUAGGUAUUAUGAGGACGACAAAGACGUAAAGGAAGAUACGGAACUUCAAGAUUACGUCAAUGAACUGUCUCUAGACGGAACAGGGCCGAAUGGCGGCAUUGGCAGGGUAAAGACUAUAUAAGAUAUAUCAAGGACAACCAACGACUUUUUUUCCGUAAAAUUACUGUUCGAAGCAGUAGUUAUUGCCCAGAAAUCUCUUAUAGGUAACCGUUCCAUUGAUAUAUUAAGCUCUAAAAUUCCGAAUAUCCUAUUUUCAAGGUUUUUUCCUAACUCGUACACCUUUUGGAAGUUGAGUUUUUCACAUAUUACUACCAAGAUAUUGACUUUACAGUUAAUAAAAAGGUCCCUGGAAAUUUCAUUACAGAGGCAAAACGUACUCUAGAAUUUCUAUACUUCUAAUGAAAAUACGGCUAUUUCAUGUCCUCGAAAUUUCGUCUGGAGCCAUCGGGGUAGAAACAGUUUCGGAUGAGACGGAAAACCUAGCUAAAACUUUACAGACGUUGUCCAAAGUUCCCCUAAGACAUCCAAACGGAUAAGUAGUUUUUUGACCAGCUCCAAAUAACGCAAAAAGGCUUCUAAAGCGAAGAGAAAAUCAUUUUAGACACCUCUGACGCAUUUGAAAACAUUCGGUCGUUGGGUGAUAUAUUCCAAGAUAAGAUGAAAAAAAAAAAGCGUAUUUUCAUACCAAUGAUAAUUACUUGCUCAGACAUCGAAAGAAAAUAUUUCAUUCUUCAUUCUGUUCGAGGGCUUUGCAAAACAGCAUGCACAGAGCAUUCGUAACGAAAAAUCUCGGACACAGAGAAAAACAGUUCAUCAGUCUACAUUACUUAUACAAGAAUUUUUUCAGGUGUCCCUGUGUAUAUUUUACCUAUUACUGUGUUUCCCAACGUUAAACAAAGGUAGUGAAACAUGCGAAACACAACUUUUCAGAAUCACAAACAUUUAUUUCUUUGCUUGUUCUUUCCCUUAAAAAUCUAAAAUCUUCCUCCUGAUCGGAACUUGGUUGUACAGCCAGUUCUGCGAAAGCUAAAAGUAGAUGUGGUAGCCUACGCCACCGUUUAAACUAAACUCUGCUUAAAACCGUCUGCGAAACAGAUUCGAAAUCUUUGCCCUGGGGCCUCACCUGUGUUACCUGAAGACUUGAGUACGUUCCAUGAUUGGCCUGUUAAAAAAGGCAUCGUCGAAAUACAAAUAAGGUUGAAAGAAAAUUCGAAACGCACUUCUGGUAAUUUGUUGAAACCGCUGGGGCCCGGGACAAGGGUAUCGGCGCCGCUUCGCAGACGUUACUAACUGAAAUCAGAUAACGUCUACGACGCAGGCUAGGGAUAUGGGAAAUUGGGGGGAAAACAGUGUGUUAAGGCAAAGAAUUUGGACAGGGAGAGAGAGAAUUCAGUCAAAAACAUUAGGAAAGAUCCAGUCUCGGGCAGACAACAGUGUUGGUGCUUCUCAGAGAAUUCGGUGAUUUCAGAGUAUUUCUGUCAUUCAACUGAAUCAAGAGACAAUUGCUACUACUGACAAUUAGGACAUUUCAGACUGCAGUAGUUAAGAAAUCCACUUGUGUUCUUGUGUUAUUAUUUAAAACAGAUUCAAGGUUUUCCUAAAAGCAUCGGUACCAAGAGGGAGCUUUGCGAAAUUCUAAGUCGCUUUCUCUCCCACGUGACGAUAUACCACGCUGCCGUUAAUUACGUAGUAGUUGACUAUGGACAAUACAUUCCAAACCAACCGACCAAGCUUUACAAUGACUCCAGGGUAGAAGUGGGAGAAUUUUCGGUUUACCGCCUACCAAACAGGCUGACAACUGCGGUAAGUGGGAUUCUUAUUAUGUAACAUUGUUAUUUUCUUUAUUUUAACAUCGAAAGUUUCCUUGACAAGAAACGCAUUCUAUCUGAGCAUCAAUGUAUUUAACGCGAAAGUACUAUUUGGGGACACUAUUUUUUACGUUUCCAACUGGAGAUGCGGCCGCUAUCUUACAUGAUCAUCCCAGCUAUGCGAAGCAGUGUAAUCGCUUGCAAUGCAAAGGGAGUACCUUAGUCUUUAAGGUCCGGGGAAUCGAACCAGCGACCUCCGCUCGGUCGACUGAACUAAUCCUGCUGCAGUUAUAAAAAGAAAUGAAGAGCAAAAAAAUGUAGGUGUCAAAGUUAUAGUUUUCAUACCUCAAUAGCUAUUAGUGACUUCUCGGUAGUUGUAAUUAAUGAAACUUCGUCAUCAAAAUCUGUGCUAUAAAAGUUUUCCUCCGACAACUUGAUGUUUUGCAUUGAUUGGAAUUUCAUACUCAGUCCGUUCUUUGGAGCAUCACCUUCUGUGUUUAGUGUAUUCCAGAACAGACCAUGAUGACAUUGUUAGUCUAAGUUUAAAUUAUUGUGUUUGGAAAUUUCAGAUCCAUUCCAGUGCUUUCAAUACGCUUGGAAUAUUCCGCCUCGACCGCUUGUUUGACUACGGCAACUCCCUUGAGGAUACCGACGCUGUCAAUCUUGUUAAUCGUUACUAUAGUAAGCUAAUGCAAGAUGUCCAACCUAAAUUACAGAGUCUAAACCGGAAAAGGAAGGAUGGCGGAGAUCUGACCUAUCCUUAUUUUAUUCCCAAGUGGUUGCCGAACGGAAUUCAGACAUAAUCCACACAUUUUUGCAAUUUUGACAUCAUUGAGGGGGGGCAUAAGGGUUUUCGGUGAUGGGGUUUUGCUAGAUUUUUGGUGCGGUUUUUCGGAAAUUUUUAUUUCAAGUUGCGGUAUUGCGGUUUUACCAAACCAAGCGGUUUACGGUAUUCAGAAAUUUUCGGGUAAUUUCAAUGAUGUGCGGUUUCAGUUAUGUUAUUCUGAACGGUGUUUAUAGGUAUUUCUGUGUGGUUUUGCGGUAUUCGUACCCCCAGUCUCACAGUUUUACAAUUAACUGGCCAAUGUAAUACUCAUAGCGCAUCUUGCGAGGAACAGCACGUAAAUUAUAAUCCUCAUUUGUUGUAGAAGGGUUCACUCUUAGGGAAAUCCUUUGAGAGUGCAUGAAAUAUUGUGUGUUGUUAAUGUGUGUUUAACAUAAAGAGAUCGCAUGACUUGUACCACACUUACUAGUGAUGUGAUAUAAACUUGAAAUUAAAGAGCA